UGAUAAUUGACUGUUUGGCUUAUGUUUUUUCUGUUUAUUAUAGAGUAAUUUCAAGUCUAUUCGUACGCCUCCUAGCAGUUCAUUAUUAUAUAAUUUGCAGAUAUUCUCUGCAGUUUGUAAGCGAGAUAAAAAUAUAUUGUAUUCCUUCUAACUGUGGAAUGGUGAGAUGGAAUGGCAGUAUGAAGAGAGUAUUGAUUCAGGCCGGGUUGAAGAAAGUUGGUAAGAAAAUGGAUUUUAGGCUAAAAAUUCAGGAUAUUGGCAACGAGACGCUUAUAGCAUCCGUGCAAACCAACGCGAAUUCAAGUUUUAACGCUUACAAAAGAAAUGAAGACAGUAUCGGUGCUCUGUACUACGUUUGCGUUGUAGUUGUAAUUUACGGAUUCGGAAUAGUUCUUAUGAUAGGAUCUGUUAUAAAUAAGGGAAAACAAGAUAAGUCUUUUCGUAAGUACUUGUCAGAUAUGGAUAAGGUUAAGAGAUUGGAAAGAAAGGAAGAAAAGAUUAAAACUCGCUUACUAAUGGAAAAGAAGAGAAUUGAAUUCCAAACAGAACAACAGUCGUCUCAAAGGACAUUUUCAUUAAAGGAAGACAGAAGCGAUCUCACUGCUAUGGAGAAAACCCCCCGGAAAGUACAAAUAAGAAUUCAACCCCCUUUUACAGUCGCUUUGGAAUGUCAUUAUAAUGGGUUACACUCGCAGGAAUAUUCAACGAGUGACGAUGUCGAAACGUGUGCUAUUCAGAUGACAGAAAAAGAUGAUGAUGUGUUUUAUAAAGACAAUUCCCCAUCGCCACUAGAUCCAGUUAAGGAAGAGCAGUAUCCGCACGAUUUCGCAUAGCUGUGCAUCUGUUACGUGUUUUGAGCUGCAUACAGUGUGAUUAACUACAUCGUAGAUACAAAAAAUACCCUUCCCAUUAUUCUAUCUGCACUUUUCCAGAUGUUAAUUCAUAUCUUCAUAUUUAUUAAAGUUUCUUUUCGUAAGAUCAAAAAGUACUGCAAAAUUUUCCUCUAUAACCCUUGUUUCCGUGCCUAGCUUUCUAUUGCUAAAUUCUAUAAUGGCAUUACCCUACACGGGAAUUCCCAAAGUAAGCAAGCUUCUUUUUAAGUCGUUCUCUUUCAUAGUGGAUUUUUGACGGGGUAUUGCACCCUAUCUCUAAGAGAAAAUACUUAAAAGAGAGCCAUCACAUGUCUGUCUAUAAAUACAAUAAGACAUUCAGGUUCUAAAUAA